GCCAGUCGCCCCCCCUCACCCAGGCCAUUCCGUCCGAGUCGGCUCUGUAUUCUGUUCGACGCCCUCCGCUGAAAGGCGCCCGCUGGUCUUGUCUGUCCCCGUGCACGCACCCUUCGAAAUGGGCGAGUUCCCGCUCCUCUUCCCGCAAGCCGCCGCCCGGCGGCUGGACCCUCACCUGCCGUCCUUCGCCUCUCCCGCCUCGCCCUCCUUGCCCUUCGUCACGCUGACCUUUGCUACUUCCCUCGACUCGGCCCUGUCGCUGGGUCCCGGCAUCAGAACCGCCCUCUCCGGCCCCCAGUCCAAGGCCAUGACCCACUACAUCCGCAGCCGCCACGACGCCAUCUGCGUGGGGGUAGGGACUGCUAUAGCGGACGACCCGGGCCUCAACUGCCGCAUAGCCACCACGGCCCAUCCGCCGGACUACUCUCCCGGCGUCGACACGGCUAGCGUCGGCGCCCUCUUAGGCCUGGCUUCUCUCCGGACGGGGGAGGCCGGCAUCAGCGAGGCGGACAACAUAUUCACCUCGCACCAGCCGCGUCCUGUGGUCAUCGACCCGGGAUUGCGCUGGGACUUUACCCCCGACACCAAAGUGAUGCGGUUGGCCAAGGCGGGCAGCGGCUUGGCGCCGUACAUCAUAACCGCCGUGUCGGACCCACCACCAGACAAGAGGAAGCUUUUGGAGGAGCUCGGUGGGAAGUACAUCGUCUUGACGCAACUUAGGGGCGGCGGGGCCGGGGCGGGCCCGGCGAGUCGCCGGCGCUUCGAUUGGCGGUCCAUUCUAACCACGCUACGGGGAGAGGGGCUGCAGAGCAUCAUGGUCGAGGGUGGUGGCGAGGUGAUAAAUUCGCUCCUCUCCCGCGAAAAUUCAAGCUUGGUUGACUCGGUUAUCGUGACCAUCGCGCCGACGUGGCUUGGCCAAGGAAGUGUCUUUGUUGCUCCCCCUCGAACCCCCAACCCAGAUGGUCAGUUGAAGCCAGUAGCUCGGCUUACCAGCACCACCUGGCUGCCUCUCGGGAAUGAUGUGGUUUUGUGCGGCAGGAUUGCAACUCAGGCCUAGCGCCUUCAGCUAUGAUAUGUC